AUGUUUUCGAGAUGGAGAGGCUCAAUCCUAUCGGCUGCACUGAUCCUCACCUUCCUCCUUUACAUUUUCAGUAUUCGGAAUGCAUACCAGCAGGAACCCCAAGCCCCUCACCUACCAUCAGAUAAGACGAAGGCCAAAUUUAGUUGGAAGGAUAUUCCCCAAUGGUUUCCUGUAGACUCGAUGAAAGCAGUACCAACCAUCAUCACAAGUCCUAUUCCCAGGAUCAAACACGAAUUCAAACGAGAGACUCCAGAAGCAAAAAGAAUAAGGAUGGAGAGGCUACAGCUUGUGAAAGGAAAUUUUACGCAUGCGUGGCAAGGAUAUAAGGAGCAUGCAUGGUUACGAGAUGAGGUCAAACCCAUAUCUGGUGGUUCUGGAGAUCCAUUUGGUGGCUGGGCAGCAACGAUGGUCGACUUACUUGACACCUUAUGGAUCAUGGGAAUGCACGAAGACUUCCAAAAAGCCGUUGCCGCUAUCAACUCGAUAGACUUCAGCACCUGCGCCCUCGAAGAACUAAACGUGUUCGAAACCACGAUCCGCUACCUGGGAGGCUUCCUCGCAGCCCACGACCUAAGUAAAGGCAAGUAUCCCAUCCUGCUCCAAAAGGCAACCGAGCUAGGUGAUAUGCUCUAUAAAGCCUUCGACACCCCCAAUCGCCUUCCCAUCGUGCGAUGGAACUUCAAAAAUGCCGCCGCAGGGCUACCUCAAGAAGCAAACGACAACGUGCUCGUCUCGGAGCCCGGCUCCCUCACACUGGAAUUCACACGACUGAGUCAGAUCACGGACGAUCCCAAGUACUUCGACGCUGUGCAGCGGAUCAUGGACACCUUUUCUCAACAGCAAGACCAGACCAAGCUCCUAGGCAUGUGGCCCGUUCUCAUCGACGAGAAGCAUGCGGAUUUUAAAAGCUACCAUGGCUUCACGAUAGGCGGCAUGGCGGACUCGCUCUAUGAGUAUCUGCCCAAGCAGCACUUGCUGCUAGGCGGUGCUACGCAGCAAUAUCGACGCAUGUACGAGUAUGCACUUAUUGCCAUGAAGCGCAAUAUCUUCUACCGACCCAUGACAAUGAGCGGCGAGGAUGUCCGGCUUGCGGGGAAUGUGGACAGCGAUGGGACAAUGCACGUCUCGGAGCUGAAAACAGACUCGCAAGCUCAGCAUCUUGGCUGUUUUGCCGGAGGUAUGGUCUCCAUCGGAGCAAAGAUUUUUGAAAACGACGAAGAUCUGGUGUUGGCUAGGAAGCUGGUUGAAGGAUGUCUUUGGGGAUACGAAUUUAUGCCAAAUGGGAUCAUGCCGGAGAUUAUGCAUACGGUGGCGUGCGAUGACACGGAGAAUUGUCCGUGGGUCGAGGAGAAGUGGCAUGAGAAAGUUGAUGAGAUGAUUUCCGGGGCAGAGGAUGUGAAGACUAAGAUUGUUAACAAUCGUCUUGUUCCCGGUGUGACAAAGGUGGAUGAUGGGAGAUAUAUCUUGCGACUAGAAGCUAUCGAGUCUGUAUUUAUCCUCUAUCGUAUAACAGGUGACGAGAAACUGCGAGAACGGGCUUGGAAUAUAUUCAGCAGUAUCAUUACGCACACCAUCACAGAUAUCGGCCAUGCAGGCAUCGAGGACGUCACGUCGUCUACUCCUCGUAAGUUGGAUCGCAUGGAGAGUUUUUGGAUGGCGAAAACGUUGAAGUAUUUUUAUCUCAUCUUUGCAGAACCGGACGUGAUUAGCUUGGAUGAGUACGUGCUGAACACGGAGGCGCAUCCGUUGAGGAGGGCAAGGUAA